GAAAUCUCCUUGCGUUCGGUGCUGCCGUCUCGCCGCGCAGACGAAAGGAGAUUUCGUGUGAGCCACCGGCAACCGUAUAGUGGGGGGAGAGAAAAAGAGAGGAGAGUGACUGCUGGUAUAGCGGCAGCAGCGGCAGCAGCAGCAGCAUAAGCUCUCUCGCACACUAUAGCACUCUCGCGGCAGCGAAGCAACAUGGCGAUGGCUAUCAGCGGCGCGCUCUGAGAGGGAAAACACGCGGCGGCAGCGACCAAGUUGCGACGGAUCGAUUCGCUCGUGCAGCAGCCUGGUCUGGAGAGAAUAAUCGAACGCGCGCGCGACAGCGUCGUCGAUCUCCAUGUAGACUCAGUCCUCGCUGGCGAGCCGCUGUAGAGUCCCUCGGCCAAAGAGAGAGAUAUUGCGCCGCCCUUGCGAGUCGCGGGCGAGCAGAGAGUACUCGAGAGAGAAAGAGAGAGAGAGAGAUAGAGAGAGAGAGCUUUCACCUAGGAGUCGAGGCGACAAGCAUCGACCACCUACUACUCGUCGUACUUGUAUCGCUAAGUAUAUACGUUGCGCCAGUGCGGAGUGCUAACGAAGGAAAGCCACUUCGCCGCACAACACGCGGACUCUAUUGAGACACAGAGUAAGUAGAUGAAGAGACUAGCUACUGUGUGUGCAUGAUUUUGUAUGUUCGUGCGGUAUUUCGGAGAGUGCGUGCUUCGAAAGUUUUUUUCUCUCUCUCUCUCUCCGUCUUCGCGAAACAGUCCUCGCGAGUGUCAUUUUUCUCAAUUAGCCCCGCUCAGCGUGUACGAGGUAGCUCGUGUCGUGUAGCCGCUGAUGCAACGGAUUGGAUCUCGAGCGGAGGAGGCAGUACAUGUAUAGGAGCAACGCGCAUUUUGAGCAGAAUCACGGGCUCAGGACGACAAUAAUGCGAGGGCUCGCCAGCAGCUGGCUCGACGCGGCCCUGUGACAGACGACGAGAGCGACGAAGCCGAGCCAGUGCUGGAGCGACCAGGACGCAGCAUGCCGUAAGCGAGCGCGUCCUCGCGAGCUCGGGCAAGAGAGAAGCCGCCGCCGACUGCUACUUGUGGGUAGGAGCGCCCAGCUCUGCCCUGAGCUUUCCUUGGGCCACGCUCAGCUCGAGAACAACGCUGUGUGAUGAGUAGCGGCGGAUACCGUGGUCGGGGCUUUGGACAACGCACGAGGCCGACCGCCAAUGGGUUCGGCGGACCCCGUUUCUCUCACCCCAACGUGAAGCAGCAGAACCGCAGGGGCAACAACGGCAGACCCGCUGACGGCUGGGACCGGGGUCCCAACGACCGGCCCUACCAACCAUGGCGGCAGAACAACCGGCCCAAUAAUCAGCAGCAGCAGUUCCAGAAGUACCCCAGACCCGGACCGUUCCACUCCGAGUGGGACAGGACCAGCUCUAAUGACAGGCUCUCCGACAGAUCCCAGGACCGCUCUGACAGGGACAGAGACAGGGACCGAGACAGGGACAGGGACCGUGACAGGGACAGGGACCAUCGCUCCGAUAGGGACAGCAGGUCUGAUAAGUUCGACAGAGAUGGCAGACCUUACCAGAAUUACCGGGGUAGGGGCUACAACACCAGGGGAGCCAACCUGCGCUAUCCAGGCCCUGGCAGGCCGUACUCCUACUCCUCCAGCCGGCGAUCCCCCUAUCGGAGUGAGAGCCCAUCGCCGCCUCCUCCUGAGAAGCCUCAGGAGCCACUAUUGGGAUCCGAGGAGGAACGUCAACAGAAGAUAACAGAGACUGCAGCUAAGCUCAAGAAGUCUCUGUCGUGUAUCACAGAGGAGGAGAGAGUGAACUUUUGGGAAAAAGAUUUGGGAGUGGCAACCGUUACCUCAGGUACGGAAGGUGUAUCUGGCAAUUCUGCCACUACCAAAGAAGAUUUUGCCAUUGGUGUGAGUGCAGGUAUACCUGAACUGAGGCAUGAUCCUCCGGAGUUAAAGUUAACCGUCGAUGACAUUAAGGACAUUGGCCGUAGAGAUGACUCUGCCAACAAGGUUGAUUUUAAUGAAUUUACCUUAUCUUCUAAGGAACCCUUUGAUGAAGAGCAUCUCAUAGUGGACAGUGUAGGCAAUCCCGACAUGGACGAUUACGGGAUGACCUUCGAUGUGUUGGACACUGAUUUCGGUGCGGAACACACUGUGGCAAACGUCGAGGAGGUCACGUCGUCGGCUCCGCUCGAGGACCCUAUCGAUUUCGAUAACGUCAUGCACAUGUUGCAGGCGGGCAACAGCGUCAGUGCCAGUGAAAAGUCCCAGGACAGCAUGGAUAAAGAGAGCAUCUGUGAUUCCGCCGAGGGGUCGUCGAAGCCGCGAACCAAACCUACGGCGACGACGAAAGCGACCUCGGACAAAGACGACUCCCCAUCCAAGCUGUCGUCAAAGUCGUCCAAGUCAGAUCAGAGCUCUGAGCACACCUCCUACUACGAUCCCAGUCACAGCACAACGAGUACUACGACCACGACGACGGUCACCACGACGACCGGCGCGACGACCAUUGCGAUGUGUCCACCACCGGUCGGAUUCACGACGACGAAUGCACCGACCCUGGGGUACACGCCUAGGCUUUCGACGCCUUGGUCUGAACUGCCGACAGACUUCAGCAAGCCACCGCCUGUUAUACCCGGAAAAAAGAAAGGAUCUAGCACGAUUGAUCACAGUUUAACCAACAGUAGUGAAGUGCUCCAACCUCCACCGGCUUUCGACCCUCGCAGACCCAUAAUAAGCAGUGUUCCAGAGAAAGAGGAAGUGCGACAGCCACCACUUAUCUUUGACCCGCGACUCUCGAUGACCGAGCGUUCGUCUCUAAUGCUCGCGAGCCGCGAACCACCAAUGUCGAUGAUGCCCACCUUCCCGGCUUACGUGCCACCGGUGCAGAUGGGCUUUCCACCGGUUCACCCGUUGCCUGUUCCAGUCAGUCACACGGCACCGCUGCCCGUACCGCCCAUUCCAAAUCCGGAGCCUAUACCUCCGCCACCGUUCACCGGCAGCAGUACGCUAACGGCGCCUCCCAUGCCUACGCUUAGCUUGGGCGACGAUGAUGGACUGGAAGAGAUGCAGGAGGCAAUGGAAUUUGCACAACAACUUAUGAGCAUGAACGAUGACGCGCCAGAAAAAUCUGUUCCCGCUCCUGUUGCAGAUGUCCCCACGACCAUUGCACCUGUGGCAGCUCCGAUUAUUGCUCCAGUUGCCGCUCCAGUUGCCGCUCCUGUUGCCGCUCCUGUUGCUGCUCCUGUUGCCGCUCCAGUUGCCGCCCCAGUUGGAGCUUCAAUUGUCGCACCAGUGGCGGCACCAGUUGUCGCGCCUGUGGUAGCUCCUGUGAUCGCACCCAUAGCCAGUACGAUCGCUUCUCUAGUCGUGGACCCUGCGACUUUGGCGGCAGCCGCUGCCGCAGUCGCUACAGCGCCCAUCUCGUCAUCGACUUACCAAACGACGGACUCUCUGCAUCAGUCACCGCUGGUCACGCCGAUCAUUAGCAUGACGGCAACGGCUCCAGUGUCGACAACAACAUCCACGGUUACUGCUACCCCUACGACGCUGGGCAUUGAACCAGCUACUCUUGAGAAGGCAGCACAAAUGAUCCCUGGUAUGGACAUAUUGAAGAUCUCGCAACAAAUACUUAUGGAUAAGCAUACGACGGAGGACCUGCUACGACACACCCAGCUGCUCAAUAGCGCCGAAGUAAUUGCUAAGACAACAACGUUGCCUUUGGCUAGUGUACCAUUGACGCUGACGAGUAGUACGCUUCCUCUUGUAGCAGGAACCUCUACUGUGCCGCUGACGGUUCCUGUGCUAGGAGCCGUCCCCGGGACCAGUAUCCAAUCACCCAGUGAAAUUGCAAUAGUUGCUGCCCCAGUGAAGCACGCCAAACCAGUGGAAAAGAAACCGAAGAAGGAGGGCAACGAGGCAUCCUGGAAGCAUCGCGUCAUCAACAGGUUCCUUAAGAUGAGCAAAAACGAGAUUCGCAACAUGCUGAAUCACUCGAGUCUCAGGAAGUUCGAUAUUGCUAUGAAUCGCCUGGUGAAAGAACAAAAGAGCUCGAUUAACCAGGAAAUACGUAUCAACGAAGAUGAACGUAUCAGGGAAUACGACCGAGAAGAAUUUAUGAAUCAGUUAAACGCCAUGCUGGAUCCUAAUGCCACGGUGGAUAUUCAAAAUUUGCCUACGGACUUUAUCCACCACCUCAAUGAAGUACUACAGCUGGAUCCGUUACAAUUUGAGGGAAACCAGACGACAACUACGACUUCGACGGUAAUUACUCAGCCCAUACUCGUUGGAGAGCAGGUUAGCCUAGCUGACCUCGGAAUCACAACUACUCUGCAGCCUGAGGUACAGGUACAGCACCCUACCUAUGCGCACGAAGUCGUAAACGAGAUGCCCGUACAUCAUGAAAUUCGCCGCAAAAAAGAGCCUAAGGUUGAAGCCCCGGUCCCUCAUCACAAGGAAAAGCGGAAAGUCACUGUCAAAGUCAUUCGCGACGAACCACAGAAGAAGGCAGCGGCCGCAGCAGCCGUAGCUGCGCGUCAAGAAUCUGUCAAACAACGCCAAGCCAUAAAACCAGGUAACCAUCUCUAUCGCGCACAUAUGACAUCGACUGCCACUCAGAUAGACACAGAAUAUAAUCAGUACACGGCAACGCAGGAUUACAUUCUGCGCGAGCAUGCCAAAGUAAACAUUCCUAAUGAGAAGACCGAGAACCCGGUAGUCAACAUGGCUGACAUUGAUGAUAUUUUCUCGGCGGGUAUUGCCAAGGUCAGGCAGGCCACAAAGCCACCCUCACCACAGCCGCCCACCAGCGGUGUGGCGGGUAGGCUCGCCAGCCGUAUCGACCGAAACAAUAAGGCUGCCGAGACUCACCAUCAUCAUCACGAACAGAGAACCUUUAAUCUGGACGAUAUCUUCUCAGCCGGCAUUGCGAGAGCCAAAUCUGGAAAUUCCGCUGCGGCAAGCACAACUGCAGCGGAGGACAGAGGUUCUAAGAUCACAAAUCGCGAGGUCGCAGAUUUUGGAACAGACGUAGUGGAACGAUGGAUGAGAAAAGAGCGCGAGCACAUAGACGCAUACAGAAACCUCACUAAAGAAGAAUGGGACGCCAAGUACGGAAAGACAAUGGACAGAGGAGAAUUCGAGCGCGAGCUCGAAACCACGUUCAACGAGUUUAACAAAAUGCAGGCGCUCAAACUCACAGAAGAUACUGAGCCAGCAGCACCCGAUCAUGCCAGCAGAGACUCGUCCAACAGCGAGGAUGAAUCAACUUCCUCGUCAUCUAGCGAUAGCGAAGAUGAGACCUCCUCGGACGUGACUCAGCUGCUUAAGGUCAUCAAAGAACGCGAAAAGAUCGCCAAGAAGAAGUCUAUCAAUGAAACUAUACGAGAUGAAGUUGCUGCGGAGAUCGAGCGUAAAUGGCGAGAAAAGAACAAGCAGAAAGAACGCAAGGCGAAGAAACGGGCUCGCAGAAAAAAGGAUAAGAAGGAGAAGAAGAAGAAGCACGGCCGUAAGAAACAUAAGAAGCGCUCCAGAAACAGCGACUCAGACUCCGAGGAUGAUCUGCCUACAAAGCUGCUUACUGAAGACGAGAUUAAGAAAGAGGUGAAAGAGGAACCUGAUAUCGCGCCCGAGGUAGCCGCCACUUUGGCUGUCGUUGGCGGCCGUACGGUGUUGUUUAAGAAUACACCGUCAGUCCGAAAAACUGGCAUUGCAAGACCAUACCCUCUAAAAUCUAAAACUCAAAUGAAAAUGUCUGGAGAAAUCGAGCAUCACGUGAGAAAAGUUACCUUCUCGGACAAAGUGCUUCUACACGAUAUAUCAGACAAAACUAUAGCAAAGAAGGUAGCAGCAGAAGCCAAGGCUAAAGCUAUGGCCGUUACUCCAGCAGCUAUAAUUACACAGUCAGUACUGAAGAACUCAACAGCAGGAUUGAAGACUGUGAAGACAGCGGUUAAAGCAGCUCCGGUGGCUGCUCAACCUGUUACUAAACUGGUUACUGCAAAAACAGCAACCGCUCUAUCUUCAAUUGUGACGACACAGGCAGCUACUGCAACGACAAAAACUGUGACUGCUGCAACUGUUAAAACUAAGGCUGCUGCAACUGCUCCGAAGGCAACUGCAGCUGUUGCUGUUGCUCCUACGAAACCAGUAGCUGAGAAAGCAGUAAAAACACCUGUAGAAUCUGCUGCUAAGUCAACAGUAACUAAUACGACGGAAGUAACAACGGUAACUUCUAUCAAAAUAGCCGAAGUAGCAGCACCGGUAGCUGCAAAAACAAACGAGCAACCCAAGGAUUCUGAAAGUGAAGUUCUUAAGAGCAUCGAAGAAGAAUGCAAGCAUAAUUUGGAAACCGCUGACCCAGCUAUCAAGAAAAUCGUAGGCAUCGAAGAAAAGACUGCUAGUCUUGAGUUGACCGAAACUGCCAGUGCUACCCCUGUUUCAGAUACUGUUGCAGAAGCAAACGCUGAAAGUAAAGAGGCGACAGAGAAAAAGGACGAAAGCGAAACUGCUAGUACACAGCCGCAUGAUCCAAAUAAGCCAAAGAAAUUAGACAUCAAAGCUUACAAAGCUCGAUUACUCGAGCGAAAAAAGAAGGAACAGGAAAAACUCAAGCAGAUUGAAAAUAAUCCUGUAUCUUUAACUCAUGAUCUCCUCAACAUUCCCACAAAGAAGCGUGUGAUCGAUAAACCACAACCAAUUACUACUAAUGACGUUGCAGCUAAACCCGAAAAAACAGCUGCUACUGCCAAAAGCAAUGUCAAACCAGCAAUAAAAUUGAGACGCACUAGUUUGCAGGAUGCUGCAAAAACUAAAGAGAAAUCCUCGAAAAAGCCCGCUGCCGAGGAUGCAGCCAAGGCGACGAACGUAGAGCCAUCGAGUCCCGAAAAGUGUGCUGCUGGUCAUUUGCAAGUAAAGUCGGAUAAAACAGUCUCGGAUAAAUCGAAAAAGAAGAAAAAAGUUUGUAAAGCAUGCGAAGCUGAUGGUCACAAAUUCAAGAAUAUUAAAUCUGAAGGCAGUAGGGAGAUGAAGCUAAAGUCGCCUAAGGAUAAGGACGAAAAAUCGACCGAUGCAAAUGCCGAUGCAGUCGCUACUGGCACUCAAGUAAAGACUGUAGCUGGCGAAAAAACAGCGAACAACAUCAAUGUUUUCGAGUCUAGAGAUCCACGAUUAACUCAUUCUCAUGCCGCCCAAGUUCUUGCGCCUAACGUCAGUCUUGUGGUGACAGAUGCAACAGCUUUGAUACCAGUUGACAGCAGCUGCAUCGAGACCGAAGUCGUCGAUACGCCAAUGGAAAUCGUAAACGAUGUUUUGGUAGCCGUGCCUGCAGAUGCAGCAGCGGUCGACCUUCUAGGGCCGAUACUUACCAGUGACGGAUUGCCUGAUACAGUUCCGGAUGAAGAAAUCAACAAGUACAUCGAUAUCGGCAUCGACGAGCUUGGUGGUACCGAUAACCCCUGCUCGUUGAAGGACCCGUUCUUCGAGAAUGCGACCAUAACUGAGGAGGACGAGCUCAAAACUGAUGGCAUAUUUACCGUCAAUGAGAUCGAACUAUCUAGCGAAUGCGCCGCUCUCGAAGUCGAGGCUAUUAACCCGAUUGACAGUGCACUGCAAGACGUGCUAACUGACGCAAUCGUGACCACAGGGCCAACCGCUGCGUUCGUCGACGUACCAGUAUUUAAUCCACCCGACGAAUCCUCGAACAAGUUGCCUUCUAAGAUUUUCGAUCUUGGAGAGACUUCGAGCAUGGAUGCUUCGUCUACUUCGAGUAUGAUGCAAGCAACUGUUUCGAAGAAGAGCAAUGUUUUGGGCGAGUCUGGGGAUGAAGUUAUCGACGAGGUUGACGGUGAAAGUUUAGACGUAAUGAUAAAGGACUUUGUUGACGUGAUCACGGAAGAAUUCAAGGAAAGGGAGGAAGCACGAAAAGCCCUUGAAAAAGAAAUGGAGGCAAAUAAAGAAAACAUAAACAAAAAUGAUGAACGCGAUGCUUCGACAAAUCACGAAGAUCUGGAUGAUACGAAAAUCAUGGACGAAAGUAUCGUUGGUGAAUCUGUGAAAGAUGACGUAGUAAAAAAUCUUGAAGUGGAAAGAUUAAUUGUAAAUAAUCGAGAAGAGAACAAAGCAAUUGUUGAAGAUAAUAAACCGGAAGCUGGAUUGAUGGAGCAAUCGAACGAACUGUCGAAUUUGUCAGAUGUAAAAACUAUAGAUGAAGUAGAGGGUUCUAAAUCUCGUGACGAUUUUGUGGGUGGUAUUGAUGGAUCUCAAAGCAAUAAUGAUAAUACCACUUUUCCUUCUACGGUUAUGCAUGAUUUUAGCAAUCUUGAAAAACAGUUGCUAAAGAAUGAAAAUCAAAUAGAAAUUUUGGCACCAACUAAAAGCGACAGCAUUGAGGCAUUUAUCGUGGAGGACAUUUCCCAAGAAUCAACAUCUUUGCCAGAACCACCGGUUAGUCAAGUGAUUACUACUGAAUCGGAGAGAAAUGAUACAAUGAAUCUUUUGCGUGAUCUACAAACUUAUCAAGGAAAAAGUGCAGACAAUACUCAAGAGGCACUCAGCGCUGAGCAAGCUAAUGAGCUGUUAGACUCUCUGAAAGUUGAUUCUACAGAUAACAAGAAAGACGAAUCCGUGCCUGAAAGUGUGCCAGUUAAUGUAGUGCCAGAGCCCGUGAAAAAAGUGUGCGAGCCGAUGUACGAAGAUAUUUCAAAUUCACCAAAUCCUCACUUAGAUUACGAAGUCUCUGAAAACUACAAAGAACCUCUAACUCAACCGAAAGAAACAAGUUCUCAUGAGCCACGCGAAUCAAAAGAAGAUUCAGGAAGCGUAUCAUCGGCAUUAGAACUGGACACGCACUACGAUGACCUUCUUAUUUGUAAACCGUCGCCUCGGCCUGUGACUGAACAAAAGCCCGAGCAAGAACUGGAAUCUCCACUCUCUCCGGAGCCGGAAGAAACCAUACAACCCGAUGACAUCCAAGACAUCGAGAGCCUGCUGAAACGUCCUUCCCCACCCGAGUUCGACAACGAGGACCUGCUCUACCACGAGAACAAUCCCUCGCCAACACCGAACUCGGACGAAGAGAACGACCGCAUUCUGAAAAAUCCUUCGCCACCACCGGCUGCCGAAGAUAUCAAUACAAAGGAAUUCGAGGAGAACAAAGAAAUAGCGCCAAUCGAAGAGCUAGUGCCGAUUCUCGAAGUUUUUGGCGACCCGAAACCCGAGGAAAUACCCGAGUUGCUGGCUUCCGAGGCCGACAUGCUGGAGCAAGAAGUCCCGAUCGCUGUCGAUCUCAACGACCCGAUCGAAAAGUCUCUUCUUCUGCUCGACUCAGACGCCAAGCCAGACAUUAUCGACGUGACAUCGAGCAAACACGUGGUCGGCGUUGCCGCCGAAACUUUCGAACAAGCCGGUAAGUCAGAGAGCGCGGCUACCGACGGCGCGCAGCCUAUCACAAGUUCGCUGGCCGUUGGAAUGGCAACAAUUACGUCUCCGCGGGCUCGGCCCACCAUGAUCUCUGAAACAAUUUUAAAAACUCCCAUUACGAUCAUACACGUGCACAAAGACGGCAGCAAGAAGCUCAACCUGGUCGAGAUGCCGAGUUCCCUGGUGACGAGCGUCAACGCCGAAGCGAAACAAUUGCUGAGCGCCAACGAGAAGGAAACGACAUCGACUCCUGAGGUCGAAACCGCCUGUGUCGAAGACAAAGUGCACUCUAACGUUUUUGCGGAAACAGAGCGCGGACGGGAGUACAGACCUGCAAAAAGUGUAAAUAAGAUCAGUGAUAGCGCGCCAGCGACGAUGGCGGGUCACGUGGAGGACAAAGUUUCGCCGGCUGCUCCAAGCGACAGCGGUGCGUCGAAGACGAAGGAAAUUCGCACCGACUCCAAAGUUGAGGUAAUCGCCGCGAGUGACGAUGUUGCGGCUAGCGUCGAGAAAAGCGAGGAGAAUAUCGCCGAAACUGUGGAACAUAAGGACGAGAACGAGGCGCCAGUGGAGGACGAAAUGUCGAAGACGAGUCCUACCAAGGUCACAGUCGAGUCCGAAAAGCAGGAGCCCUUUGUUCUGUUGGAAAAGUCCGAUAACGUCGAGCACAUGGUGAGCGAGAUGAAAAAACGCGAUCCUGAUAAGAAACUACAUAAGAUACACAAGAAACAAAAGACAAAGCACAAGCAUGCUCCGGCUCAGAUUCCAACUACGAUGGGCUUAGCAAACCUCAUGAAUAUGAACAUUGUCAAUCCAAGUCCAUUGAACACGGCUGACAGUGUGACCGCAAGACUGAUUGAAAUCGAUAGGAUUAUGAUGUGUCUGUUAAAUGAAAAGAUGACUCUGUAUCAAAGAAUGCAAACUGAAGGCUUUGAUUCGGGCAGUAAUAAGGAUGGUAACGAGCCCAAGUAUUCGGCGGCAAAUGUUAUGCAAUCACAAAUGAUGAUGAUGAAUCCACUGGCUGGGCCAUCCAGCAUGGGAUCAGCUUUUAGUUCUUUUCUGACUCCCAUGAUGCCAAACUUGAUAACUAGCCCUCUGUAUGUACAUGGAAAGAAGCCCUCGAACGAUGCUUCUGAAGAUGACACCAGCACUAGCAAUCAAGAAGAAAAAACUCCGGAGAAAGUCCACAGUCGUCACAAGAAAACUAGUGUGAGCGAACAGGAAACAGAUAAGUCUGAACAUAAUCGUGAAAGUAGAAAGAAGGAUAAAAAAAGUAAAGACAAGAAAAAGAAAAGAAAGAAGUCCAAGGAUCGAUCCAGCAGCAGUCACAGGCACUCAGCUUCAAGAGAACAGUCUACAGAAAAAUCAAAAUCACCUCACAAAGUGACACCUGAAAGCAAGGCUGUUAAACUGCAUAAAGAGUCUGCUGAGCAGAUCAAGGUAUUAAACAAAAGUAGUAAAGAAAGCAGUGCUAUUAAAACUAUUUCACGGCCAAAAAGUAGACUUCAAAAGGCUUCGAAAGAUUCUUCUAACGAAUCUGAAUCUGACAUUAAUCCAGAACAUCUGUCUAAGUCUGAGACUGUAUCUAACAAAUCGGGUAAAGAUUCUGAUGCUAAAACAAGCCACAAAAAGAAAUCAACCGCAGCUGAAUCCAAUCAAUAUUCUCCAACUAGAAAGGAUAAAUGUGCAAAACAUAAACCAUCAACUAAAUCAGAUAAAGAUGAUGAGAAAGUCAUUUCAAAAGAUUCAUCUGAUGAUUCUGAUGUUGAUUUAGCAACUAAAUUAAAAUUGAAUAUGAAACAAACAGCUCGUCCUAAGAGUAGAGCUAGUAAAAUUUCUAAAGAAUCUUCUGACAGUGAAGAAGACCAAAAGCAAAAAUCAAAUACAGAACCUGUACGACCUAAAAGUAGAAUAGGCAAAAUGAAUAAAUCCAAAACUAAUAAAAGCAAAGAAAUUUUGGAUUCCGAUGAUAAUUCUGAUGAUGACAACCGACGAAAACGUAGUCCUAGUCCUAAGAAGAUUGCACGACCAAAAAGUAGAGCGGGUAAACUUUCAAAAGAAUCAGUUGAUAGUGAUGAUGACGAUAAGAGAAAAUCUGACUCUGAAUCUGUAUCUAGUCGUGGAAAAACAGAAACUAAGUCUUCUCAAAGGCCAAAAAGCAGGAUUGGUAAAACCAUCAGAAGCAAAUCAACAGAAAAAUCAAAGUCUGCAAAAGUUAAAGAUAGUGAUGCUGAAAUGGAAAGUGAAUCAAUACAAAGACCAAAAAGUCGAGCCAGUAAAUUUUCUAAAGGAUUGUUGGAUAGUGAGGAUGAUGAUAAAAAGAAGUCCGACUCUGAAUCUGUAUCUAGUCGAGGCAAAUAUGAAUCAUCUAAAAAACCAAAAGGCAGAAUUGGAAAAAUGGUUAAAAGUAAAUCACCAGAGAAAUCUUCAAAGUCUAUAAUAGAUAAAGAUAGUGAUACUGAAGAUAAUAGUAAUACACGCAAUACUAGUCCUAAACUAGCCCAUAGGCCAAAAAGUAGAAUGGGUAAAUUUUCAGAAGGAUUGAUUGAUAGUGAUAAUGAUGAUGACAAAAAGUCUGAUUCUGAAUCUCUAUCUAGUCGCAGCAAAACGGAAAUUGAAUCUGCUAAAAGACCAAAAAGCAGAAUUGGUAAAAUCAUCAAAAGUAAAUCACCUGAAAAAUCUUCCAAGACGUUAAAAGUUAAAGACAGUGAUUCUGAAAUGGAAAAUGAACCAGUGCAGAGACCAAAAAGCAGAGCAGGUAAAUUUUCAAAAGGAUCGUUGGAUAGUGGAGAUGAACAUAAAAAAGAAAUUGAGGUUUCUCGUCGACCCAAAAGUAGAGUAGGCGAAAUGAUUGCAAAACACGAAACUACGAACAAAUCUGAUAAAGAAUUGGGUAAAAAAUCAGAUGAUGAAUUAAAGACAGAUGCUAGUACGCGUAAACAUAGCGUUAGUCCUAAACGACCGUCUCGGCCAAAAAGUCGAAUGGAUAAAUCCUCCAGGGACUCUUCAACCAGUGUCGAGGAUGAACAAAAGAAGAAAUCAAAGAGUAGAUCCCCAGAGAAAUUGUCCCAGGGAGUCCAGCAAAAGUCACCUCAGAAAAGGCAGGAAGACGCUCUUAAUGAGGUCUCUGAAAUUAGCAAAGACUUUACUGUUGAUGGUGAUUCUGAAGUUGAGGGUAUUACACGAUCUCGUACGACCAGUCCUAAACCAAUUUCUCGCACGAAAAGUCGAGUUGGUAAAGAUCUGAAAGAAAAAUCGGGAAGUGAUGAUGAUUCUAUAAAAAAAUCCAAGGAUAAAUCAGUUGAUGUGACUAUCAAACUAUCCAGUAAAAUAGAAAAAGAUACUAAAAACGAAAUCGAAGAUUCGGAAGAUGACUUAGAAGUAUGUAAAAUUACAGACAAACAAGAUACGAUUUUAUCAACAGAAUCUCGCACUAAAAGUCGUGCUGGUAAAGGCGUUAAAAGUGUCGAUAAGAAAAAAGAUACUGCUGACGGUGCUCAAGAACCUGUUUCUCGACCAAAGAGUAGAGCAGCUAAAGCAAUGAAAACUGAUGAACUCAAAAAAGAGCCUGUCCAACGUCCUAAGAGCAGAGCAAAACAGGCACUUAAAACCAAAUCAGCAGCCACUGAUGCAAUUAAAUCCAUUGUAGAAUCAAAACCAAAUUCCGAGACUGCUGUGCGAAGUGAUACAGAAAAAGUGAAAGAUGGACAAAAAUCUAUUAUCUAUUCAGAUGAUAGUACUAUGGACGUAUUCGAUCAAACAUCAACUCAAACCAAAACGUCGGGUAAAGGUUUGGCACUUCUAGAAGAGUCACUUAAAAAAGAAUCCAAGAUGAAGAAACAAUCACUAAAGUUUAUAUUAAACCCGCAAGAUCCAGCAGAGGAAUCAGAGCUAUCUUCACUUGAUGAUGAAGAAGAAGAUGAAUCAAUAGUACGAACGUCCAAAACUAAAUCGAAAACUAAGGUUUCAGAAGAAAUCUUGAAGCAUGUUGAUGAGGCUAUUGAUGCUGUUGUUAUGCGCAUUAGAAAUGAAUUGCUCACACCGCAGAAUGAUAAAAACGAAGUUGUAACAAAUGAGAAAGCAAACAAUGAUAAAAAAGCUGAUUUAACAUCUGAUAAGUCCAGUGAAGUCACUUCCGAAAAGAAGAAAGACGUUUCAAAGUUAGAUGAUUUGUCGGAAGAAGAAUUAGAUUAUGAAGCCAUGGGAACGGACGAACUGGAGUCUGAAAAACCUGUAAUUGAAAGUAACAAACCAGAAUCAGUCACAAAAAUAUCAAAUGACAAAGAUUUGAAAUUAUCUGAAAAAGAUUCAGCAAAGAAAACACUAAACGAAAAAGAACUUCCAACUGAAGAAUUGCAAGAACACAAUGAUGAUAAAUCUAUAGCUGGAGAAGAUGUACCUGAAUUCGACGAUUCUUUUACUUACGAAGGUUCGCCAUACGUUGUUUUAGACAAGAUCGAAGAUACCGGUGAAAAUGAACUCCCUCCAGAAGAAAAUGUCUGCAAAGAAGAUGUAGUUACAGCGCCAUUCACUUAUGAAGGCAUGCCAUUACCAAAGGAGGUUGUAGACAGCUGCAGUUCCUCUGUGGGAAGCGCUUCGCCAUUAGUUGUUGACGCACCUUUAGAAACUAACAAAGAACAUGAAUCAAAAAAGCAUGUUGAUAAAGAAACGAAAAAAGAAGAUAUUGACCAAAGUCAAGUAGACAUAGUUCACACAAAUAAAAUUGAAAAAGAUGUCGAUAAUAAUGUUAGUGCCAUACAGAAUGAUGCUGAUAAAGUGAUCUCAGAUGAGGAAUCUGAAAUCGACGUAAUAACGGACAACAGCAGUAAACCUACUGAAAAAUCUGAUAUUAUUCGUAAAGACAAUGAAGCAGAAGAAACAGGGGAUGAGAUAGAAAUUACAGAUUCUGAAAAAUCUAAAAAAUCAACUGAACAAGAAACAGCCAAAUCUUCUUCUCAAAAAAAUGCAAAGAGAACUCGUAAAGAAUCUACCGAUACAUCAGAGUCAUUUGAGAAACCCCAAAAGGUAAAAGGCAAAAAAUCUAUUGAAGAUAAUGAUAAACAGUCCAAGAAAUUAAUAAAGUCUAAAGAGUCCAUCAACGAUAGCGCAUCUGAGGAAUCAUCAAAAUUGAAAGAAGUUGACAGUCAGUCUGAUCUGUCUGACGAGGAAGAGGAGAAUUCCGAAAAAACGACUAAGGUUGGAAGAGGUAGAAAACGGAAGAGAUCUAAUGAAGAGAAGCGGCCCUUAAUAACAAGAAAAAGACAUUCUCGAAAUGUAGACGGAAAGGAAUCUGCACCGAAACGUAAAGGUCGUCCUCCAAAAAUUAUCGAGGAAGAAAAAUCCGACGAUGAAGUUCCUGUACAGAAGAAGAUUCGAGGUAGACAAUCUACUAAAAAUCGACAAAUUGAAAUGCAGAAUAAACGAAACGCAAAGAGAAAACGAUCAAUAACGGAUGAAGAAAUGAGAUCAUGUAAAGUUCGUAUUGUAGACUGUAAAUAUACUUUGCUUCGUUGCAAUGUUAAUCCGAGUGUUUUGCGUAAAGAGGGUAUAUCAAAGAUCAGAAACUUGAAAUCGGCUCUUUCAGGCAGUAAAAAUCUUAAACAUAAAGAAUCCAAGGCAGAAAUUUUGAAGCAAGAAAUCGGUGUCGAUCUUGAAAUAGAAGCUAGUGUAGAGAGUAAAAAGAAGAAUGCGAAACCCAUUGUCAAACCAAUUGAAGAAGAAAUAGAGAGAGAAAUUCCUAAAGAUUCUCCAAAAAGAGAAACUAGCGUUGAGAGUUUGAAAAAGAAAGAGAAAAAACAACGUUCUAAACAAAAAAUGGAUGUAACUGAAUCUAAACAGAAAAGCUUGCAACGUAACUCGAAAGAAAUGGAAACUUCAGAUGAUAACGAAGAAGAAGAUAAAGAAUCGCAUUCAACAAAAGCUGACGAGAAAGAAAUACAGUCCACAACCACACCACUCAAUAUCGGAGGCAAUUAUAAGAUCGAGGAAAUUACAAUAGAUGAUAAAGAAACAACAAGUUCUUCUGAACCGAUUGACAACGAAGACAUCGUAGAAAUCCCAGUUUCUAAUGACGAAGUUAUAGAAAUACCAAAAGACGAAUUAACCAAAAAAGUCCGAUCAAAAGAGAUCACAUCUUCUGACAGCACCCAUUCCAUUUCAAAUACUUCUGCCGAAGAAAAGAAAAGUGCAACUCUGCGAGAAAAUGAGUCUUUAAUGGCAAGUGCCCAAGUAGUAGUGCAAAAAAUGGUCAUGUCCAAAAAAAUAUCCAGCAGCGAGACCGAAAAACCCAGUUCAAGUGUUGAGGCAGAGGAAAACAAACCGAAGAGGACUUCUUACACCAAUCACAAGGGUCCAAUCUUGAAUAUUAAGGUUUUUGAAGACACAUUUUUGGCGGCGAGUGAAGAUGGAUCGGUUUAUCGCUAUGAAAUUGCCACCAAUACUCUAUUAAACAUCUUCAGAGGUCAUUCUGCUCCUGUGACAUGUCUUUGUAUAGCACGUUUCGAUGCUGGCGAUACUAAGAAAGAGCUGCUUUACUCUGGAUCAUUAGACAGUAGUCUUCGCUGCUACAAUAUAAGGACUAGUUUAGAAAUGCAAGUAAGCGAGGUAGGAAGCGCGGUUCAGUGUAUGGACCAAUCUUGGGGUACAAUUUUUAUAGGCACCAAAUCUGGAAGUAUAUCACGUUUUAAUAUAAAGUCUGGCUAUCUAAAACCAGAUUCCAUUCAGUGUUCGGAGAAGUCCGUAAUGGCUCUAAAAGCGACCAACGAAGGCGCGAGACGAGUGCUUAUAGUAGCUUCUCGUAAUCAAAAAUUAACUAUCAGAGACGCUGUUACGGGACUCGUUUUACGUACAAUAAGCGGACAGAAAAACUACACUAUUUACAGUCUUUUGAGGGAUCACAGUUUAAUUUAUUGUGGAACCAGUAGUGUAUCAAUUCCAGUUUUUGACUUUAUUAGUGGAGAACAAUUAGUACAAUAUAAUGCAAGCGUCGGUAUUGUGUGUAUGUGCUUGACGAAAAAACUUCUUUUUGCUGGAUGUUACGAUGGCAAUAUUUACGUGUUUGACACGAGGACUCACAAUCUUGUGUGCAGUAUACCCGGACCUGGAAAUAUGUUACUCAGUAUGGAACUUGUUGACAGAAAAAUUAUUGCAGGAAGCAAAGACAAAAAUUUACAUGUAUGGGAUAUGCCGGAACAGGUACAGGAACUGCUGGAUGAACAGUUGUAACGAAGAUAUCGCAGACAGUGAAUCUAGUCAUCUAAAAACUCUUCACAAAAAAAUCAGUGGAAGAGAAAUUUUAAUCCAGCAUCAACUGUGGCAAGAAGUAAAACUACUGCCGCAUGUCGUAUAGCUCGCAAAAUAGCGGCAUUAAACAGAAGUGGUUUUCCAUGAGUAAAAAUAAAUGUGUAUAAAAAAAGAAAAACAUGAAUAUAACAAAAGGCAAGGAAUUAAUCGAAACCGAUAUUAUAAAAAUGUAAAUAAUAACGCACCAUAGUGAUAAACAAAAAACAUGUACAGAGCAAAGUGUACAGAUAGGGAUCGGGAGGACGAAUCAUACUUUAAAGCAGUGGCGUAAACUAUACAGUACGCAUCUCGAGGUGCCCUUAAUUCUAGCCAAUGUAACUUUAGCAGCGAUAAAAUGUAAUCUUAAUCUAUAGAUUUAAUUAAUCGAGUUUAGAAAUGUUUUUUCCUUUUACACUUUAUCAAAUACGAGGAUCUGCACAGCGAUCGCGGAACUGCGACUUGGUUCUCUCGAAAUCGGAUCCAAGCGUAGGAAUGAGACUGAAGCGAUCCAUACAAUGCAAAGUAACUGGCAGAUCCUCGGUACGCGAUAAAUCGAAAGAACGGGCGAUGUUACUAGGCCGUAAAAACGACGUUUUUAUAAAUGUCACUUUACUACUAAAAAAGCUUUAUAUAAGUUCUUUGUUAAUACUUCGAUUCAUAAAUAAAACAAGAAAAAGAAAUACCAAGUAAUUUGGCAGCGAUCAAUGAUGUCGACUUGAAUAUACAUAGUUAGUGGGUAUGUUUAAAAUUUGUCGUUUCCAUUUACACUGUUUAUUUCAUAAUAAAAAGUAACGUUUUUCGCUUCGACGUUGCGAACAACGUUAAUAAUAAUAAUGGAAAAAAUUUGGCUUUGCAUGAACUACAGCAAAGUACGAGUUUUGUAGUUUGCAAACAAUCAAUUUCGUCAAGAUGCAAUGACGGCAUAAUAUGUGUAUCCGAAUUUUAUACAGUUUAAAAAAGUAGAAAAAGAGGCACAUUGUAGAUGUGAAAUGACGACUUGUACCAUUUGCUCGUGCAUUGUUGUAUUUUAUAUAAUGUAGUCGUUUAACUACAUUAUUUCAGAACAUGUAAAAAAGAUAAGCUAAAUAAAGCAAAGUGAUUUGUUUUUUUUUUA